AACAAUAGGACAUUGAAAAGCGAUAAGUAUAUCCAUGGUGAACCCAACAGUCACCACAAGAUAUAAAUAAUACUGGACACAGAUUUCAAGAUUAGUGCGAAAUUUAAUUUAACUGAACUAGAUUUUCCAAGAAAUAAGUCGACAUUUUAAAAUGAAAAUUGUCCUGAUCACCUUGGCCCUAAUUGUGGCCCUUGCAAGUGGACAAACCGUGGUCUCGCCGUCGAUUUGCUACGGUCAAGCAAAUGGCUUCUUGACAGCAAAUCCUAAUAAUGCCUACAGAUAUUACGUAUGCUCAAAUGGGGUUCCAGUUCCAGUGCAGUGCCCCAACGGCCUCAUUUUCUGCAGUUUCCAGUCGAAUCAAGCUUGCUCAUUGUCUUGUUCAGGUUCAGGUGUGACAAGUCCAACUCCGACUCCUACGAUUCCCACAGCUCCAACGCCAUCAGCCAACGAUAGCGGCGAUAGAGACGCAGAUGUUUGUUCUAACCUGUCAAACGGAAUGAUCCUUCCUAUAUCGGGUACCUGCUCGGGAUAUAUUAUGUGUAAGAAUGGAAAAUCAGUGGUCGGUCAGUGUGUCGGAAACAAGGCCUUUAAUCAGUCAACUGGUGCUUGUAGUGAAACCUUGUGUUCCUAAUCAAAGUCGGGAAGAGGAUUGGCCUGGUAGGUGUUGACAGUACCCGACUCAUGUGAUCCAGUAUUUCUUUACAUUUUUAUUUAAUAACGUCGGAAAAUAAAUAAACC